AUGCUCCUUGGAGUGCUAUUCAAGAUGUAUGCAGUCUGGAUCGCUUUGACACUGCCAACUCCGUCCUCAUUCUCAUCCGAGUAUUUGGAUGCUCAUACAAUUCGUCUACAAAUUCCUCCAUAUCCAUCCGCGUUUGCUUAUAUCUUUGAAUAUGCCACAGUAAGCACGCAGUCUGAAGAAUGGUAUUUUGCGGGCUCAUCCACUACUCCAAUGACAAUGUUUACCGUACUUGAUCCUUGCAGAGAUUAUAAAUUCCGAGUAAUCGUCGUUGUACGAAGUGCAAAUCCAACCGACCAUAUUGUGAUCUUCGGUCAAAAAAUAAUUCCCGUACAGUUACCACCAUUUGUUUUAGCGGCUGAUCAGGUGUUCGCUGAGCCUCCCAUUUUCAACACUACAACGGACACACUAAAAGUUUACAUUCGAUGGACACUACCGAGGGGCUAUUCGGACUCUGAUAUCUACGGUUAUGAGGCGCCAGCCUUAUAUCCACUACAAUGCCACACACCUGAAGAUGAACUUCCGCAGCCUAAGAUCGAGAUAGUCCGAGCUGGUGGUCGGCUAGCGGUCUCUCUACCAUCUACAGUGCUUGAAGCGCGCUGUCGCCUAUGGGUGGAAGUCCGAAUGCUUCCUAGGUGUGUUCGCCUUGAACCGUUUAGUGUACAGAAGAACAUAGAGAUUGACUGUGACAAAAAUCCUGAGCUGGAUGUAUGCUCGAAAGAGGCAAAUCCCAUUUGUAUGGAAGUACUCGAAGUCCGGGGAAAGCAGGGACAUGCAACGAUCACUUGGAUGCCUGCACCACGGACUCCUCUUUAUUAUCACCUUCGCUAUGGUCCGGCUCAUAUGAAGGGAAAUCCACCGUUUGUCACCUGGCAGCUGGCAACAAAGAGAGAUAUAAAGGUGGAUGGUACGGUCACAACAUUAACGUUAGAUGUUGCUGAGGAUCAGGAUUUCGGAGUGCAGGUCUGCGCAAUUCUCACAUCUCAUCGCAAACGUCCGAAAUUCGGCUUGGUGAGAGUAACACCCUUCCAGUGCACAAGUUGCAAUCAUACGUCAACUCUUCCUGUGGGUCGAUGUGGUGAAUGUGGACGAAUAGAAGGGACAACAGUUGCAGACAAAAGCUGGAAAGCAGCAAGCGGUUCUGGUCGACAAGUGUCAGAUGCUCAUAGAAAUCAUAUUCCUCAUACAGUAUUCAGAAUGGAAACAGAUUUGUUUGUCAAAGGACAUAACCGUGCUUCAGGAUCAAAUAUUAGCGUCGCCCAAGUCAACACUCAUGCAGCCGAAGCUCCAAUAUCUCUAGAAAGAGCUGAAGAGAUCAACGACCAAGCAACAAGCACUACCUCUUUCUCAAUGACGUCAUUUACGAGCACAACAUCAACCACAUCACCCACAUCAUCCAAAUCGUCUACAACCGCUUUGCUCACUGCAAAAGCAGAAACCACGGCCUCGCCGGAGACAGGCAUUGAGGAGGAGGAGACGUCGUCAACAGAAGUAGCUACCACAACCGAAGCGACCAUCACGGAAACCACCUCCUUGGAUGAGGACGGUGAGAAGCAUGAAAACACGACCACUACCGAUGUGGAAGUCGUGGACGUGGAAACGCUCUUACAACACACUGAACAAACAACAACCACCGCAUUCCGUACAACCACGACAAAAGAGACGCACCAAACCAAAUCUCUUCAUGUUGAAGACUCCAGUAGUGAUAAAGAAAACGAAGAUGACUUGACGGCAGUAGGGCAGCACCUUUCGACCGAAUUGGAGGAGUCCGUCAAGCAUCUUGAGAAGGCCCUUGAAGAAGUGGAGGUUCAGAAGGAGCGAAAAUGGAAUUUCGAAGAGAGUACUUCCCUACCAUCAGGCGUUGUUCCAUUGAACACAACGUUGGCAGAACUUGCAGUGCACAAAGCAGCUACCGAAAUCGUGAAUAAGAUUGGCGCUACGUCGUCUGAGCUCAGGCAUCAUGAAAAAAGCAAGAAAUGUCUUCUCAGUACUGGAAUAGUCUGCAACUUCGGUUGUGAGACAAGCAAGACCUGUCGGUGUCCACUAAUUUCUCAUGUCCUCUCACCUGAAGGAGGAUGUCUUAGCCGUGAUUCGUUCGGACACACCUUAUGUCUGCCAAAAAGUGAUGUUAAUGCAACAUGGGACGCGGCGUCAAUGAAUGUUUUGGUACGCAGCCAAGAAGCAAGCGAUCACAUUCGUUCAGUAAACAAUGCGGAUCACCUUUUUGUAGAAUUUGGAAGAGUAAGAGAAGAGACUAUGCAUCCAAACUCCUCACCUACGAUGUUACGCUUUGAUGAACCGAAAAGAAAUCGGAUGGUUGUUGAGAUAGAGAAACUUAUUCGCUCUGGUUCCUUUUCCACCGAACCAUUUGUUUUCCAUGUGAACAAUUCCAUAAUUGCUGAUGCUGCAUACGGCAUGCGCUUCUGUACCUUCAACAGUACCCAAGUUAAGGAUCCAUACAGCCGCAACUGGGACCUUGAUAUUGUGUCCAACAGAAUCGGGAACAUUGUUCAGGUCACGCAACUGUCUCCAGUACACUUCACCAACGAUUUACGAAGUGAGAUGGUGCUUCGACCAAGCCGUGAAACCUUUUGGAAUGCUUUCUUUGUCAUCGGAAAAGUCAUAGUUUUAGUUGUGCUGGUUGUAAUAAUGCUUGUACUCAUCUACCUCAACUGCUCUCGCAUCAGAAUGUUGUAUGACAGAAAAAGAACACAUUACUUCCGCCCUUAUUACAUAGAUUCGCAAAAAAGCCGAAUAUCAAAGGACUUCUUAUCCCAAGGUGACUGGCACACCGAGGAGGACCCAGACGUAGACUACGAGAUGCUGCUCAGAGGAUUACGAGCCUGUGCUGAGCGUGCCUUGAAGCCGCGCACGACAAACUUGGAUCGAAUUUCGAAGACCACCAAGGAGUUGUUAGAAAGAAGAAGGACUUUCGGGCUUGAUCCAAAUGCAUCGCACAUUGAGCGGCAGAGGAAGAUCCUGGAAACAGCACAAAGAAGAACGAGUCUAGCGAAGUGCCGCAGGGAUCUCCACGAAUAUAAUAUUCUGCUAGCAGCCUUGCUGAGCAAAGACGGGACUCGCACGUCUCCUCGUCGUGAGACGGAAAUCAUCACAGAGAGGUUCUACUUGAACAUUUUGCGGUCAUCAACUCCUAUGUCAAGCCCGAUCAUCCCCAGUGGUGAAGCCCCACCACGGAUUCUCCCUUCUGAAGUACGAAUCGCUGUCAAGAGCAUGAAACCUGGCACAGCCCCUGGACAUGAUUUUAUAUCAGCAGACUUUCUUCGGGCUGGUGCCCAUCUAAUUCAUGUAAUCUUAACAGCGCACAUGACAUCCUAA